AUGUGCAAAGUACUUACGACUCUGUUCCUGUUUGCAUUCGUACAGCUAGGAGCUGGCUACAAUGUGACUAUGCUAAAAUCAGUAUUAGAAGUCAUAUCUUCUCGAGAACAGUGGACAAAUACAGCAAUCUUCGUGGAAGGCAGUACGAAAAGGGAUGAUCUCAAUGGUCUGAUCAUUUGGCUGCAUCAAACAAUGGGAGUUACUACCGUAGCAACGGAUUCAUUUUCACAACCUGAAAAGCUAAGGCCUCUUGGCCAUUUUAAUCUCACUGAAAACAAUGCCAUCAGUUUGUUCUUUUGUAAUGGAAAACAGGACAUUGGAUGGUUUACACUGGACAGUAGUCUGAGAAAAUUGAGACGAAGUCGUUUGAUUGUCUUGCUGACCUUCCAAAGUGAUUCCCAAAAUGAUAUUUACUCCAUAUUCAAAACACUGUUCCACUAUCAAUUCCUCAAAGUUAUUGUCCUGCAUAGGGAUCAAAUUUACUCCUACACUCCAUAUCCGGCAGUGCGAUUCUUUAAGCUCAACAUUAAUUCGAAUCCGCUCUUUCCCCCUGCAACCACGAAUUUCCAGGGAUAUGUGGUGUCAACUCCAGCGGAGAAUGAUAUUCCAAGAGUGUUUCAAGUUCAAGAUCCAUUAACAAAGCGAAAGCAGAUGCGAGGAUAUGCAUAUCGUGCCUUUGUAGAGUAUUUGCAUCAUCAUAACGCCUCGCUACACUUGACUAACCCCGAUGAAGAUCUUGGCCCUACAACUAGUGCGAAUAUAAGCCGGAUUAUACAGAUGAUAAUAGACGGAAAAUUGGAAAUCUCCCUGCACCCUUACGUUAGCACCCUGGUCAACACCGUCAAGAGUUAUCCGCUACUCAUAUACCAAACUUGUUUAAUUGUGCCAGUUCGAAACGAGAUUCCUCGACACAUGUAUCUACUGCGACCAUUCCAUCUGAACAGCUGGUAUAUUCUGUUUUUCGGAGUGAUAUACAUAAGUGGUAUUCUCUAUUGGCUGACUCCGAGUGUUAGCAGCUGGGCUCAGCGCUUGGGUUUGAGUUUUCUGGAUGCCGUAAGCAAAAUUAUUUACAUAAGCUCACCCAUAACAAUGUACAGACCAACAUGGCGCCACUGCGUCGUUUUUAUACAACUAACUAUCCUGGGAUUCAUUACUACAAGUUGGUACAACAUUGAGUUGGACAGCUUUUUUACCGCCUUGGUAGUGGGGGAGCAAGUCAAUAACAUCGAUCAACUUGUCCAGCAGCAGCAAAGGGUUCUGGUCAAGGACUACGAAGUUAAAACUAUUUUACGCCAUGUGGAGCCAAGAUUAGUGGACAAAGUGAUUCCUCUGUUGGUGGCAGUUAACGCCAGUGAGCAGGUAUCCGCCCUUCUCAGUUUUAAUCGCAGCUACGCCUAUCCAUUCACCGAAGAACGCUGGGAAUUUUUCGCUAUGCAACAACAGUAUGCAUUUAAACCGAUAUUUCGGUUUUCACCCGCAUGCUUGGGAUCCCCACAAAUUGGUUAUCCCAUGCGCAUUGACAGCCACUUUGAGUCGACCCUCAACAUGUUCAUAAUGAUGAUUCAGGAUACGGGACUGCUGCAUCAUUGGCUGAUCUCGGACUUCAACGAUGCAAUGCUGGCUGGAUACGUGAGGUUUCUAGACAAUGUUUUGGGUUUUCAAGCUAUCGAUCUGAACACUUUGCGAUUGGGCUGGUGUGUUUUGGGAUUCGGUUGGAUAUUAUCUGCUUUGGUUUUCUCUUGCGAGCGCUGGCACAUUUUGCUUAACUUAGCUAAUAAAUAAAUGGUUUAAAGAUU